CAGCUCUUAUCCAUUGUACAGUGCACAGGAAAGGUGGGAGGUAACUGGUAAAGCAUUGACUCCACAUAUUUGCCACCUUAUUAGGUGAGAGAGGGAUAUAUUAAAGAAGGGAGAGAAGACAUAUUAAGUGCUGCUAGCCUGAUAUUUCUUGUGCAAGCAGUUGUACUAUUUGAACAAAGGGGUUGUGGUAGGUAGGAGAGCAUAUAAAUUUUUAUAGUUGGCUGCAAUGCAUAUAGCAGCCCUUGUUUGGGCUUAUGAAAAAAUGCUUCUUAGCAAAUAGUUUACUUAAAAAUAGUUUAACAGCAGAGUGCUUACUCUUUUUCUAGGCUAUAUGUUACUGAUUUCUGCCAGAAAUACAGCGCUGGACUAAACCACUGCUCUACAUUUUGUCAUAUUUAAAUAUGGAUAGGGAACAAAAGAAACCUUUGUAUUUGUCAGUAGUAAGAAAAGUACUCUGCAGGACAAAUUGCUGUUUUGUAGCUGACCUGAACACACAAUUCAAGAUCUCUUCUUUGCCACUGUGUAACUUAAGUAGUGAUUUUUAAUGAAGAAAUUGUUUAGCCUUUGCAUUAUUGCUUUGCGAUACUUUUUUAACUGGAGAUUUUUUCAUUUAUCAUCUCAUUAAAAUGGUUGUGGCUCUGUUCUAAAAGUUUGAAUUGAAGGUUAUAUUUAAAAAAGAAAGAGUGAAGCCUCCAAAGACAACUGUAAUGUCAUAUAAAAGCUUUAAAGCCCUCCAAAAACUGAAGUCUGUUAAGAAACAAUGGUAUUUUUAGCAAUGGCAGGGUAUUGCACUUGACUUCUAGACCCUGUUCUGCUGCUGGCCAUGAACUCCAGUUGUCACUGGCAAGUGAUGCUGCUGCAGAUGGUGCCUGCUCUAAGUUUUGGUAGUACCUGUCUUGCAAGCCCUGUGUUUCUCAGCUGCCUCCUUUGCGUGCAGUAAUGUUACUGAAUACUAACAAUCAGCAGUGCCUAAUUAGCUCCAUUUGCUUUGAAGUAAGGUCCUUGUUAGCUUUGACUGACACUCUUACUUGUGACUCUCUCAAGCUCUGUUUUUAAAAAUGUUUGCACACAGUCAUUUCUUUUAAGUGACUUAUUCUUACCAUGUUUAAAUACUAAUCUGUGGUUUUGGAUUAUGGGGUUUCUUUUCUUCCUUAAACCAUGUGCCAUGGUUGCCCCUGACAUUGAACUGAUCUCUGAAAAUAUGUUGGUUGCUAAAGGGUUUAUUGAUGCAUGUCUGUUAGCCAGGAAGCUUAUAACCUUCUAUACUCUCUGCAGGGAGUUGCUUUCUAAACAGGUGAGGGUCUCUUUGGGCUUCUGGGCUUUAUAUGUGUUAAUUAACACAUACCAGUGCAGCUGGGAUAUUGUAGAAUAAUAGGGGGGAUUAUGUAUAUAGUCUUACCUUUUAUUUUGAAGGCACUUUAAAUUACAUGUCCAUCCUUAUUAAAUUAUCAGAUAUGAAUAUAGAAGUAAGUGCCUUUCCUCUGAACUUGAGACAUUUGUAAUGUGCUGAUUUUGCAUUAAAUAAUUGUAUAUUGCUGCUUAUUGUGUAUCAGUUUAUGAUGGCCAACCUACGUUAUGCUGUUGUGUCAUACCUCUCCUGGAAAUAAAACUAUCUCUUGGAUAAGAGAAAAACCUUAUAGCAGUAAGAAUUAUUCUGAAAAACAAAUAAUAUACUAUUUGGAUAAAUGUUUCUUUAAAUUUUCCCCAGUAAACACAGUGGAGGACUGUUUGAAAAAUGGAUAGAAAGCAUUGCAAAAUAAUUAUUAUACUACAAAGAAUUAAUAUUCAUAAUAGUUUUCAUAAAAAUCUACAAGUUGCAAAACUUAGAAGGUGUAUAAGUUCUUACCUAUAUGUAUGCUCUUUACUCAUUUCCAACUGCAUAUUUUUUUUACAAGACAUUCUGAACAUUAAGUUUUAUUAGUGGAAUAAGAAAUUGGAAGACCCUUCAAUCUUAAGCCAGAAACUCUAGCAAGCAGGACCAUUAUGAAAGCAAAAGCAGCUUUAUUUUUAUGCCUGCAUAAUUUUGAAGUUAUCUCUAAAUGUCCUGGAGUUUUCAUGGCUCAUUCUUGCAAUGUUUCUAGAGAUAAUGAAUUUAAAUUUUGUAUAUCUAAACAGGUUGAUAUUGCCUGUUUUACCAAAACAGGGAUUCCUAGACUGUAAUGAUUAUUUUGUCCUGGAGUCUUUUUUUUUUUUUUUUUAUUUCAGAAUAAUCAUUUAUACCAUUUUUUGCCACUUCAGUAUUAAUAAUAGUAAUAAUAUUAACUUAUGAAGCAAAAGCUAGAAUGUUCUUUUUUUUUUCCUUUUAAAUCUUUUUUUUUUUUUUUUUGGCAAAAAUUCUUGGCUGCUACAGAAAAUACACAGCAGUUUAGAGAGCUCUGAAAAUAUUGGUCCAGUGUUGGGGCUUUUAGGACUUUCAAUAUACCCUUGGGGCACUAGGAUCUUAGCCUAUGAAAACUGUUUCAAAAGAGAUUUGUCAUGGCUUCCAGUAUAUAUGCUGUGAAGAAAGGCACCUCUAGUCCUCUGGUGCCAUAGCAAAUAACCUGGAUGUCUUAAACUCCUUUUACACAGGACAAUCCGUGUAGCAGGCUGCUCUUAGGUUGUGUAGCUUGCUCUUUAACAACCCACCAGACAGCAAUCCAACAAAAAAAAAUUGAAAAAAAAAAAAUCCUUAUUCAUUAAGCUCAGUAUAUUCCUAAAUUUCCUGUUUUCCUAAUCAGCUGUAUGUUUAUCUUAUUUGCCAAGUUGUACCAUUUCUAAGAUGUGGAGAUUAACUUUCAUUGCAGAUACUCAGGAUCUUUAGUUCCUCAGAAAAAAAAAAAAAAAAACAAGGAGAAAUCUUAAGGUAGAAUCUUCACUUGAAAUCAUUGAAGAAUAGGAGCCAUUUCUUGUAUUUUGCUUUUGAAUAAAAACAGAAUUCUAAAAAGAGAAGGGUUUAAUGCUCUUGCAAUAUGCGGUUUACCAUCCUUUUCCAGGUACUUAUGAGAGCCUUAAGAGAUUUCAAUUUGCCUAAAAUAGUGACACAUGGUAUUCCAAUUUUCAUGGACCUGAUCAGUGACCUGUUUCCAGCUCUGGAUGUUCUGAGAAAGAAGAACCUACAAUUUGAGCAGAUGGUUAAACAAUCUACCCUGGAGCUUUACUUGCAGCCUGAAGAGAGCUUUAUUCUCAAAGAAUUCAUUCUGGAGGAAGUACUGGCAGUGUGUUGCUCUGUGUGUGUUGUUGGAAAUGCAGGGACUAGAAAGAAUGAGAUGCUGAAAGUUCUUCAUCACACAUACAUGAACAUGAAAGAAAAACCUGUGCAGAAUGACCAACCAAAAGUUCCAUCAACUGAUGAACUGUUUGGUUUGAUACACCAUGCAACCCAAGAAUAGAAAGAUGGUCUCCUGUUAUCUCUUCUAAGAGAGCAAACUAAUAUUAACCAUGAGGGGCCUAAAUGAUGAGUUUUAUAUAGGUGUAUAGAUCCUAUGUGGACUGAGUCACACAACACUAUGGAUGAUAACAAGGUUCUGACCUUUACAAUCAAUGAAUAUGUCCCUGUGACUCUGUCAGUGUGGCUGCUAUUUGAGGUAUACCUUUGAAGAACUGCAACCCCAGCUACAGUAGUAUCCAGAGCUGGUAUUCUUCAUCUGAACACUCAGGACCUGGGGUGGGCCCCGUAUGUUGCCAGCUGGUUAGAAACAGGGAGAUACCAAUCUGAAAAGGCUUUGAUUAAUGUGUGCUCUUAUUUAGAGGAACUCAUAACAAGAUUUAAAACUGUUCCUCCUAUUCUUGAGAAUAGUUCAUUGCAAACAUUCUGUUCUCUGCUGGACUGUUUGCUGACUCCUGAAAAUGUGCCAGUGGAUUGCCUUGAAACGGUCCAUGAGAUGCAUUCUCUCUUUGCUUGUAUUUGGGGGUUGGUGGGGCAUUUUCUCAAAAUCAGGUGCUGGAUCAGUCAUAUCCUAGAAGCACCUAGGGGUUAUGCAUUUCAUGGAGUAGGUGGUAUUGGGAAACAAGGCUUGUUGAGGCUGGCAGCAUACAUCUGUUCUGUGGAGGUUUUCCAAAUCACACCACAAGAACACUAUGGGAUCCCAUACCUGAGGGUAGAUCUUGACAGUUUGUACAUCAAGACGGGUGCCAAGAACAUGCCCACAGUGUUUUUGCUGACAGAUGCCCAGGUUUCAGAUGAACGCUUUCUUGUGCUGAUUGAUGACUUUCUGGCAUCAGGUGAUUAGACCAACACAUUUCUUGAAAGGUCUUUUCCAAUGACAAAUGAUCUGUGGUUUGAUUGAACUUUAAAGAGAGUUAGAAAAGAAGUCCAAGCUCUGGGCCUGAUGGACACCAGAGAAUGCUGCCAGAGGUGGUUCUUGAGCCAAGUGAGGCUGCAGUUAAAAGUUAUAUUCUGUUUCUCUCCCACCAGUGCCACGCUCAGAAAGAUUGCUCGGAAGUUCCCAGCCGUAGUUAACUGCACCACAAUUGACUGGUUUCAUGAGUGCCAGCAGGAGGCUCCACAGACUGACUCCACUGUCAGCAGGAGGUUCAUUGAGGAAGCUGAGGGGGUCAAAAUACAGCGUUUCAAGCUCAUCAGUCUUCUAAGAAAGCAACAGAUCAUUGAAAUAUCAGUUUGGUUGAUUGCUAAGACAGGGUUUCAGACUGAGAAAGUGAGCCUAGAAAGAGCCAUUGCAGACACUAAGGAGCAAAAGGUUAAUCUUACAGAAGUGAAAGCCUUCACCAACCUACCAAUGGCUGUAAUUGGUGUUACUGCUGCAGUAACAGUUUUACAGCCAUAUAAAGGGAAAAUGCCCAAAGACCAAAGCUGGAAAGCCACAAAAGUCUUUAUGGGAAAGGUAAUGAUCAGAUUGACGGAUUGCAACUUCUUACAAGAUUUAAUCAACUGUGGUAAGGAGCAUAUUCCUCUGAAUUGUCUGAAAGUCAAGGAACAUUACUUGAAGGAUCCAGAUUUCAACCCAAAUCAUGUUCAUACGAAAUCCUUUGCAGCAGCUGGUCUCUGUGCCUGGGUCUUCUUGUCUGAUAUACUGAUAUUGUAUGUCUUUUUCAAGGUGUAUUUUGUGCUAGAACCAAAAUAUUCUGCAUUGGCCCAAGCAAAUGCUGGGUUAGCAGCAGCUACAGAAAAACUGAAAAUCACCAGGAAAAAGCUUCUUGUUCUGAAUAUCAAUAUGAAUAUGCAUAAGCUCACGUCUUCACUUGAGAAAGUUUCAGAGAAAGUCCAAUGUCAAGAUGAUGUGAAACAAACCACCAGAACUAUUGAACUGGCCAACAGAUUGGUCAAGGGAUUUGAAUCUAAAAACAUACAUUGGACCCAGUCUGUUGAAACUCUCAAAGGACAAAACAAACCUUUACGUAGUGACAGCUUAUUAACAGCAGCAUUUGUGUUUGCGUCUUUCACAAAACAGUAUCGCCAAGAACUGAUUGAACAUUUCUGGAUUCCUUUUCUAAAGUCACGAAAGGUUUCUGUUCCUGUGAUGAAGGGUCUGGACACAAUUGUCAUGUUGAUGGAUGAUGCUAUGAUUGCGGCAUUAAAUAACAAGUGGCUGUCCAGUGAUAGGAUGUGAGCAGAAAACGUCACUAUUCUAACAAGCUGUGAGUACUGCCCUCUGAUGAUAGAUCCCGAGCAACAGGGAAUUAAAUGGAUAAAGAAUAAAUAUGGAGCUGACCUUAAUGUUGUACGUCGAGGACAGGAAGGUUUUCUGAAGACCAUUGAAAGAAUUUUGGCUUGUGGAGAGACUGUACUAAUCAAAAACAUGUGUGAAACUAUUGAUCCCAUACUUGCUGGAAGACAUACAGUUAAAAAGGGAAAAUAUAUGAAGAUUGAAAGCAAAGAAUAUGAAUUCUACAAGAAUUUUUAUCUCAUCCUUCACACUAAACUGGCUAACCCUCUCUACAAGCCAGAACUGCAGACUUAGACCAUCCUCAUUAAUUUUACUGUCACCAGGGAAGGGCUAGAAGACCAGCUGUUGACUGAGACUGUCAAUGUUGAAAAGCCAGACUUAGAAAAAUGUAAGUCCACCCUGGCCAAGCAGCAGAAUAGUUUCAAGACUGAGCUCGGGUCACUGGAGGAUGGCAUGCUACUCAGCCUGUCAGCUUCGCAGGGCAGCUUCUUAGACAACAGUGAACUUGCGGAGAAACUCAAAUCAACAAAGUCAAUUGCAGCAGAAAUAUAUUCCAUAUUUCUGAAAGCUGAAGCCAAAGAAAAUGAAGCUCAGAUUAAUGUGACAAGAGAGCACUACAGACCAACAGCUGUAAUAGUGUCCAUUCUUUAUGUUGUUAGGAGCACCCUGGGCAGCUCGAACCCCAUCUACCAGUUUUCACUGAGGGCCUUCAAUGCAAUCUCCCAAAUUAUGCAGGCUGAAAAAUCAGGGGAUAUUCAGUGUCAUAUGUCUAACCUGACAGAAGCUGUCACAUAUUCAGCCUUUAUUUUCACAAGCCAAGGACGUUUUGGAAAGGAUCAGUUCAGUUCCUUGGCCCAAACACCUUUUCAGAUUCUUCUAAGAAUUAAAGAGAUAGAACUUGAAUUGGAUUUCCUUCUUUGAUUCAGAGUUGAACACACCUGCAAGAGUCCUGUUGACUUCUUAACUACUCAGUCGUGGAGUGCCAUUAAGUCUAUGGCAGUGAUGGAUGUAUUAGGGGAAUAGAUAGAUACUGAAAGAUCCACCAAGAGGUGAAAGAAGUGGGUAGACUCACAAUGUCCAGAAAAUGAAAAGCUUCCCCAAGAAUGGAUAAACAAAAGCUUUCUUCAGAAACUAAUUUUACUGAGGGCACUCCACCUGGACAGAAUGUCAUAUGCACUUAGGAACUCUAGGGGGGAAAAGCUUGGCUCAAGAUACGUGGAAAGCACAAGGAUGUGUUUCGCAGCAUCCGAUGAAGAGAGUAGUCCAGCCAUUCCUAUCUUACUCAUUUUGUCUCCAGGAGCAGACCCACUUGAAGAUAUUGAAUCACUAAACAAAAAACUUGAGUUCGCUGUAGACUCUGGAAGAUUUAACGUCUCUCUAGGACAAGGCCAGCAGAUGGUUGCAGAGGAGGCAACUAGGAAGGCUGCCCGACAUGACCAUUGA